AUGGCUGUGACACAAACAGAAUGUAACUUAUGUGUGCACAGAUCUGCAGAAGUUUACCGCCUGUUGGAAGAAAACGUACAGCUGCGACGUGAACUUGAUGAGCACAGGAUGUCUGAUAGUUUUUUUGGAGACAAUGAUGAUAAAGUUAAGUACUACACAGGAAUGCCAAACCUGGGAUCCUUUAUGGCCUUACUAAAUUUUUUGGUGCCUCUCAUGUCAGACCAAAAGAAGAAAGUUCUUAGUCCAUUUCAAAUGCUUCUCAUAACCUGUAUGCACCUCAGACUGGAUCUGCCUGCACAACAUCUAGCCCAUCUCUUUCGUGUUUCCCCAAAGACAGUAUACAGAACAUUUCAUGAAAUUGUGUCAUUUAUGUAUGCAAACCUGAGCCGUUCCAUCAUAUGGCCAGAAAGAGACACUUUACAAAAAAUUAUGCCUCACCAAUUUGUGGAGUCCUUUGGACGCAGAGUAGCAGUGAUCAUUGACUGUUUUAAGAUUUUCACAGAGAAACCAUCAAAUCUGAAAGCACGUGCAAAAAUGUUUUCCAGCUACAAGCACAAUCACACUAUGAAAUAUUUGAUAGGUAUUACACCAAAGGGAUCUAUUUGUUUCAUAUCAAAAGGGUGGGGUGGCCGUACAAGUGAUAAACACAUUACAGAAAAUAGUGGUUUUCUUGAAAAAUUGUUGCCAGGGGACAUUGUAUUGGCUGAUAGAGGUUUUGAUAUAAAGGAAGGUGUUGGCAUGUUGUGUGCAGAGGUCAAACUCCCAGCCUUUACAAGGGGUUACUGUCAGCUAGCUGCAAGAGAUGUGGAGGAGACAAGAAAAGUAGCUCACCUAAGAAUCCAUGUUGAAAGAGUGAUUGGAAAUAUUUGUCAAAAAUAUAACCUUUUAACAGGAACCAUACCCAUCAACAUGAUCCUCCUAUGUGAAGGUGAGGAUAUCACAUUUUUAGAUAAGAUCGUCACUGUCUUUUGUGCGCUGACAAACCAAUGUCCAACUGUAGUGUAG